AUGGAGACUUUCAAACUCGGUGUCAAGCCUUGCUGCUAUAGCCUCUUACUUGCUGUCUUCGGUUUGCUCGCUUCUCUUACUUCUAUAGCUGAUGCUGAAACUCACUACCAUCAGUUUGUCGUUCAACCAACUCCGGUGACGAGGCUGUGCAGAACCCGGAACCGAAUCACAGUCAAUGGACAAUUUCCCGGACCAACAUUGGCAGUCAGAAAUGGAGAUACCCUUGUGAUUAGAGUUAUAAACAGCGCACAGUACAAUGUUACCAUGCAUUGGCAUGGAAUUCGACAGCUACAAAAUCCGUGGGCAGACGGACCUGAGUAUGUUACUCAAUGUCCCAUCCAACCAGGAGGAACCUACACAUACAGGUUCACAAUUAUAGACCAAGAGGGGACAUUGUGGUGGCAUGCUCACAGCAGAUGGCUUAGAGCUACUGUUUAUGGAGCUCUCAUCAUCUAUCCUAAAUUGGGAACUCCAUAUCCCUUCCAUAUGCCCAAGAGAGAAGUUCCAAUUCUUCUUGGGGAAUGGUGGAACAGAAACCCCAUGGAUGUCCUGAGGCAGUCACAAUUCACUGGAGCAGCACCAAAUGUGUCUGAUGCAUAUACCAUUAAUGGUCAGCCUGGUGAUCUGUAUAGAUGCUCCAACAAAGAAACUGUGAGAAUUCCGGUGGAUUCAGGGGAGACAAUCCUUCUAAGACUCAUCAACUCUGCACUCAAUCAAGAACUCUUCUUUGCUAUUGCCAACCACAAGAUGACUGUUGUGGCCGCCGAUGCUCUCUACACAAAGCCUUUCACAACUCAGGUCAUUAUGAUCGGACCUGGUCAAACAACAGAUAUCCUCCUUACAGCUGAUCAGAAACCGGCACGCUACUAUAUGGCCGCACGUGCCUAUGAAACUGCUCAGAAUGCUGCUUUUGACAACACAACCACCACUGCAAUCCUUGAGUACAAAUCUGCCUGCAAGAAAGGGCUACAACCUUCAAGACCAAUCUUAUCACAAUUACCAGCAUUUAACGAUACAGCCACAGCAACCGCAUUUACUGCUAAGUUCAGAAGUCCUUCCAAGGUCGAUGUCCCUACACAGAUAGACCAUAACCUCUUCUUCACAGUAGGUUUUGGAUUAAACAACUGCACACGUCCUAAUAGCCCCCGUUGCCAAGGACCCAAUGGAACUCGUUUUGCUGCAAGCAUGAACAACGUUUCAUUUGUAUUCCCAAGAAGGACCUCCCUGAUGCAGGCUUACUACCAAGGUGUGCCAGGUGUCUUCACCACUGACUUUCCUCCUGUUCCUCCGUUGCAAUUCGAUUAUACAGGUAACGUGCCUCGGGGGCUGUGGCAACCAUCCACUGGAACUAAGCUCUACAAGUUGAAGUAUGGCUCCAGUGUACAAAUCGUAUUGCAGGACACAAGUAUUGUCACAACAGAAGACCACCCUAUGCAUCUCCAUGGAUACCAUUUCUAUGUUGUUGGAUCGGGUUUCGGCAACUUCAACCCGCAAACAGAUCCUGCUAAGUUUAACCUCAUCGACCCGCCACAGAGGAAUACCAUAGGAACUCCUCCAGGUGGAUGGGUAGCCAUCCGAUUCAUAGCAGAUAACCCAGGAAUUUGGUUGAUGCACUGUCAUCUUGAUGCCCAUAUCGUUCUGGGUUUGGCAAUGGCUUUUCUUGUUGAGAACGGAGUUGGAGCAUCACAAUCCGUGAUACCUCCCCCUGCAGAUCUACCCAGAUGCUAGAUUAUGAAAAAAGAGACCACAAGUUAAACCCAAACAUACCAUUAGAAGGAUUCUUGUUUUCUCGUGUGCUUUUGAUUUUCUAUGUAUUUGUUAUGCUGAAUUUGAAACCAAUAGAACAAUUAUGUGCUCCACCUGGAGUGGUAAUCCAGAAUUAGGUAGCGUCCAUCAAAAUGCUUGAUUUA